UUUGAUGUUCUAGGUUUUUUUAAUAAGCUCUAUUUUUAAAAACACCACAAUUGCAAGCCAGCUCUAAGAAAAGGCACUUAGCUUAUUCAUGUCUAAGUAAGGAGAAAGUUGCAUGCGUUAUGACAAUGAGGUUUACAAUUUGAGCCUACUUUUCCAACUUAAUCAGUUCUGCAUAUUAACAAAGUUACAUUUGUUUUGACCUAUAUGAACAAGUAAGCGCAUAAAGACAUAUGUUCAGCUACUAAUUUAUCGUGACUUCAAAUUAAAAAAAAAUAAUAAUAAAAAAACAAAUAAAAGCCAGGUUUAUAUCAGAACAUUUUACAGGGCACGAAGCUUGCAGAUCAACUUUUGGAACACGGUGAUAGCAACGCCCGCCAUUCUCUUCUCUAUAUAAACUGUGAAGCAGUCUACCAUUUGGGUAUAACCUUCUCUCCCAUCCAUUUACUUCAUCAAAUCCCAGUAGCUUCCGUUACUAGCUAUACACCAUGGAGUACAUCAACCAGUACUACUGCAAAUGUAUUAUUUUGGCUUUGAUCUUCAUGCUGGGAGCCUUGUCUUCUCAAGCCACUUCUCGCACUCUCCAAGAUGCAUCAAUGUACGGGAGGUACGAGCAAUGGAUGGCUCGUUAUGGACGUGUAUAUUCUGACAUUAACGAGAAGGAGAAGCGCUUCAAUAUUUUCAAGGAAAAUGUUGCGUUCAUAGAAUCUUCCAACAAUGAUGCAAACAAACUUUACAAAUUGAGCGUCAAUCAAUUUGCAGACCUUACGAAUGAAGAAUUCAAAGCCUCGAGAAAUAGAUUCAUGGGGCACGAAUGUUCCGCAAAGACGACUUCUUUCAAAUAUGAAAAUGUUACUGCACCACCAACUGUAGAUUGGAGAAAGAAAGGAGCUGUGACACCUGUCAAGGACCAAGGCCAAUGUGGAUGUUGUUGGGCUUUUUCAGCGGUGGCAGCCAUGGAAGGAAUUACUAAGCUUACAACUGGUAAAUUGAUAUCUUUGUCUGAGCAAGAGUUGGUUGACUGUGACACAAGCGGUGUAGAUCAAGGUUGUGAGGGUGGUUUGAUGGAUGAUGCAUUUCAAUUCAUUAAUCAAAACCAUGGGCUUAGUACCGAGACUAAUUAUCCUUACACUGGUGUUGAUGGUACUUGCAACACCAAGAAGGAGGCCAACCAUGCAGCCAAAAUAACUGGUCAUGAAGAUGUGCCUGCAAACAGUGAAGAAGCCCUUCUGAAGGCUGUUGCAAAUCAGCCAAUUUCUGUUGCCAUUGAUGCUGGAGGUUCCGAUUUUCAAUUCUAUUCAAGUGGUGUCUUUACAGGAACUUGUGGCACGAGUCUUGAUCAUGGGGUUACCGCUGUUGGUUAUGGAGUCAGUGCUGAUGGGACUAAGUAUUGGUUGGUUAAGAACUCAUGGGGCACUGAAUGGGGUGAAGAAGGAUACAUAAGAAUGCAGAGAGGUAUUGAGGCAAAGGAAGGUCUUUGUGGCAUUGCUAUGGAAGCCUCUUACCCCACUGCAUAACUUGAAUUACCAUCCAAAUCAAUGCCUACAAUAUCUAAUACCCUGGACGUGUAUAUCGUAAUAUGUACAUGAUGAACUUGUACGUUUAGUACAAUAUGCUAUAUGG